AUGCGGUUCUCUUCUGCAAUUCUCCCCGCUAUCGUUGCUGCUUUGGCCUCGUCAUCCGUAUCUAUCAUGUCCGCUCAGGCUGACACGGCUGGCGCCGACAUACCCAACAUUUGCCAAACUGACGAAGUCUGCAGUGGCUGCGCUAUUGGGUACCUCGGUGUUUUCUGCAUAGUGGGCCGUGUUUCUGCUUUUAGCAUCGGCCCAGUAUGGCCAAUUGGCAUUGACCGCGAGUGA